AUGGGACAGCUGAUAGCCAAGCUCGUGGGGAUCUUUGGAAGUCAGGAACACAAGGUCAUCAUCGUGGGACUGGACAACGCAGGAAAAAGCACCAUCCUCUACCAGUUCCUGACUAAUGAGGUAGUUCACACGUGUCCCACCAUUGGUAGUCAUGUGGAAGAGCUGGUUCUUCAGAAGACACACUUCCUCAUGUGGGACCUGGGGGGACAGGAGGCUGUGCGCCCCACCUGGAGCUCACACUACUCCAACACUGAGUUUGUCAUCCUUGUGAUUGACAGCACGGACCGGGACUGGCUCCUGACAGCCAGGGAGGAGCUGUAUAAGAUGCUGGCCCAUGAGGCCCUUCAAGGUGCUUCAGUCCUGAUCUUUGCUAACAAGCAGGACUUGAAGGAGUCCAUGACCACGGCGGAGAUCUCCCAGUUCCUCAGGCUCAGUUCCAUCAAAGACCACCCAUGGCAUAUCCAAGGCUGCUGUGCUCUCACUGGGGAAGGGCUGCCUGCAGGGCUCCAGUGGAUGCAAUCCCAGGUCACUGCAGACUGA